GGAGAGGUUUAGGUAUAGUGAUUUUAAGUUGGACGAAUACGCUGUUAAGAUGGCGGUGUUGUAUUUCGUUUCUAAUUGCUUGUUCACAAGCCCUAAUUCCAAGAAGGUUCCUAAUGAAAUACUCAAUAUUGUUGGGAUUGGUGAUUAUGAGAGUUUUCCUUGGGGAAAAUUAGUUUUUAAGAAAACUUUACACAACUUGAGGAUUGGUUUGAGGGGUGUACCUAAGAAAAAAAUAGGAAAAGAUAUUGGUUCUAAGCUUAUUGAUAAGCGUAAAGGGAAAGCGAAGGCUAUUGAUAAAGAAUCUUCGAGGACUUACAAGUUGCCUUGUUUUCCUUAUGCAUUUCUUGUUUGGAUUUACGAAACUAUUCCUCUUUGUCAGAAGGCUGGUUUUUGUGAAUAUGAUAGUGAUCCAGAAUAUAGGAUUUGUAGAUGGUUGAAUGUGGGUCUUCCUAAUAAUAGUGCUGUUGAGAGAAAAGUUUUUUCAUCUCCUAAGCUGAAAGGUGAAUAUAUAUUUCCUACAGAUGAAGAGAGAUCAAUGCUUAAUCUAUCUGGUCUUGAGUUUAUUGAGAAGGAAGAUUCAGAUGUUGAUGUUGAUCGAGUUGGUGCGAUUGGUUUACAAUCUUCUAUUUUAAAUGAGUUAAGGAGGGACGUUAAAAAAGUAAUUCAAAAGCAAUUACAUUUUGAUGGGUCUUUUGAGGGUUUUACAUCAGAUAUUAAGUGUAGAUUCAAGGAGUUGGAACUCAAUAUGAUUUCCCACAUAGAUUCUAAGAUUGAUGAAAGUUUGCAAUUUUACUUGGAUUUGAAAUUUAAUGACUUGAAAGAAAAGUUUGAUGAUUUAAAAGCUUCUCAGAGUGUCGUGGAUAUCCGUGAUGAUAGUGGUGGUGAUAGUGAUGAUGAAUCUGGUUUGAAAGAUGGUGUUAAUGUUGAUUUGGCAGUGAAGGAUGAUCUAGUUAUGAAAGAGGUUGAUGAUGUAGAUUUGGUUACUGAAAAUGUUAAAGAUUAUUCUAUUGAUCCUGUUUUAAAUCUUGCUGAAAGUGGUGGUGUGUUGGUUAAUGAGGGAGACACUGUUGUAGAGGGUGAAGGUUUACAAAAUGUUGGAGAUGGUGGUUUGGUUAAAGAAGGACACACUGCUUUACUGGGUGAUAAUGAUGAUGUUCCAAGUUUUGAUAUAAUGGGUUUUCUUUCAUCUCAGCCCGAUGCUAAUGCUGAUAAAGAGAAGAGGAAAAAACAAGAUGAAGAUGAUCAUGCUAAGUUUAAAGAUUUAAAUAAGAAAUCAAAGGAUGAUGAAGAUGAUGGUGAUGACCAGGGUAUGGGUGGUGAUGCUGUUUCUUCUAUUGUCAAGGAAGUUAUAAAGGGAAUUAAUGAGGGUGAUGACAAAUCUAAAAAAGGUGGAUCAGUUACCAAGGAUGAUGUUGGUGGUGAAGCAAGAAAAGAUAUGGUUGAUUCAUCUGCAAUUGAUGUUGUUGUGGCUGGUGUCAUUGGAUCUCCUAAGUUGUUUGAUAGUCAAGGUACAGAAGAUAGUAUUACUUUGUCAGCCAUGGAGAUCAUUAAUGAAAAAAUUGAAACUAUUGAAGGAAGCCUCAAAAAGGUACGUAUAAUGUUAAUGGAAUUAACAGUUGGUCAAAGUGUUUCUUUUUUUGUUUGUAUAUUGGUUUGUUUAUUAUUGUUUAUGUAUUAAUCUGUUUCAUUUUGUUUCUAGGAAAAGAAUUUAGAAGCUAAUUCUUAUGAGUUUGCAAAGAGGGUUCCCAAUAUUGGAUCUGCAUUGAGGAGUCCAUUUACAUCUGAUUUUGGUUCUAUUGGGAGUAGUAGUAAACCAAAGGGAGAACAAUCUAAGUUGCUUGCUUUUUCUUCAGUUGCACUUGACCGUAUUGAUGAUCUUCAGUCUAAACUUUUUGAGCAGUGGUUUAAGGUCGGUUUCAAUGAUAGGAACAAGAUUAAAAAGUUUAAAGAACGUGAUAGGAAAUUGAAAGUCCCGUUGGAUUUUGCAAUUAUGAAGAUUGAUGAUAAGAUGUGGUUUUAUGAUUUGCUGACUCCUGGAAGAAAUUUGUCAUGCUCGGUUAGUCCAUUUAUUUUUUUUAUUUUUAUGUUUGAUUUUAAAUGGGUUUUUACAUUAUAUUUGAUUUUUUAUGAAUUUAUUUUGACUUUUUUUUUUCUAAUGCUGCAUUUGGAUGUUUGUUUUUACUACUUGAGAAAGGAGAUAAAGUACAAUGAGAGUGUAAACUCUUUUGUUAAUACCACUGAUUGUUUCUUUGCUGCCUAGAUUUUUGAGAUGUAUAAUGAGUUUGUUAAGAAUGAUUGUGACAUUGAAUCUGUUAAGAAGGACAGCAAAGCUUCUGCAUACGUAGCUGGUUUUGGUAUGUAUUGCAGUAGAAAAUGGA